AUGUUUGUUGGUCUAAAGAAAUAUCAAGAAGAGGUUAUUUUCCUUUCAUUAUUAAAUGGACCACUGUCACCCACGGAUCCCAGACUGAUUUCUUACUUGAGAUCUAACGUAUUGAUCGGCCAGGGCUCAGGAAACUACAACCUGAAGAUGUUCGAUGCAACGAAUCCCGCCAACGUAGGGUACAACCAGUACCUAACCCAUCCCGUCGGCUUCCCUCCUCUUCAGAGAAUCCUGAAGGAUCUCUUCGACGACCGUCCUCCGGGAUUCUUCGUCGAGGCGGGCGCCCUUGACGGCGAGUACCUCUCGAACACGCUCUACCUCGAGAGGGCCAAAGGUUGGGAGGGUAUCUUAGUAGAGCCUGAUGGGAAAAUGUUCGCUCACUUGCUCCGCAAGAAUCGGAGGGCCAUGGCUGCCAACUGCUGUUUGUCUACGAGGCCUUACCCUGUAUUGGAAACGUUGGUGACGUUGUCGAACGACCAUAACAUACGUUUCGAGUUCGGCUUCAGGGCCAUGAACGCCCUCUACUCGUCUCCCAUGGCCAGCAGGAGUGAGGGCGCCGCCCAUCAGACGUUUAGUCAGGUCCAGUGCUUUCCUCUACUCAGCCUCCUGAAGGCUGCUGGGGCGUCCCACGUCCAUUUCGUCUCGCUCGACAUUGAAGGCGUGGAAGGAGAGGUAGUUAGGACCCUGCUGGACCACGAGGGGGAGGGGGGAGUGACGGUGGAUGCUUGGAUGGUGGAGCACCAGAAUCCGAACACCGUGCUCAGAGAUGAGAUGGAUGAAGAGUUCAUCCAGUGGUUUGUCUCGAAGGGCUACGCUCUCCACGCUAUCGCAAGGGACGCUCCGGUUUUCAACUAUGUGUUCGUCAGAAAGGCAUCUUCCCUGUACGAGUCAUUCUACGCAAGGAGGAACAGCACACCGGCUUUGGGGGUCAGCUGAGCUAGUUUUGUACAGUAUUCAAGAUUCACGCAAACACACAUAUACGUAUACACACACAACCUUUCUCGAUGUUUGGAUGUUAAAUUGAUGCUGAGUGAUGACACUAAUGCAGAAAUUAA